UUUCAAAGGAAAAUUUGAGCAAAGUGGAUUUUUCGGUGGUUUUUCGAAUUUUUCGUUAACAACUGAGAGAACGAGACGGCAGUCCGGGACAAGAGCAGGAGAACAUUAGUACAGAGAGUGUGUGCGGAGGAACAUACCAAGAAAUUGCAACACACAUAGGAGAAGGAAAAAAAAAAGAUUUUUUGUACAUAUCUCUCCCUGUGUCGCUGCUGGCCGACUGGCUGGCUCGCCGGGAAAGGUGGUGAAGAAGAUCUGUGCGCCCUCUCUUAGUUUGGUCGUGAACGCCAACCGAGCCAGAAGUAGUUGUAGAGUUAGCGGUCCGGUCUGGUCAAGCAUCAUCCCCGAGAUUCAGUUUCAGUUCAGUGGUCAAAGUGUGUGCAAGUGCGUGCAGUUCGGUCCGUGUGUGGGACCUGAGCGCCUACUGAGAUCUAACAGUUCUUUUUUUUUUUGCUUGUUCAACAAUUUGGAAAUAACUGCGCCCGCCUGCUUCGCUAGAUAGUGGGAAUUAACGGUAACAGUGUGAAGAACAAAUAGAGAAUUGGAUUAAAAUCAGUGCUAGAGCGGAAAAAAAAGUCAAAUCGAAAAAAGUUCGUUGUGAUCGAGUGUUCUCAGUGAAAAAGAAACGAACGAACGCACACACAAGUUUCGAAUAUUGGGCCAAGUGAGCCACCGAUAGUGUGAUUCAGUUACGAACACGUUUUUUUGAGAUAAAUUCUGGAGCGAAAGAACCUCUCGGUGUGAGGUCUUCUUGAGGGUUGCAAAACGGGUGGUUCGCCGCACCAUCACCAUUGACGGACGAUCAUUUAGCGAAUACUAGGGUAUAAGAAAACAGUCGCCAUGAUCAACAGGAGUUCGAGCCUUAAAGGGCUCGAAUCGAUAGCAACCUUUCUUAUAGUGGUCACGAUAGUCGUGACGUCACAAGUGAAUGCUGCACCCAUGUAUGAGAGCGAUCAGACUGACUUAGAGAGCUAUGGCGAAUCGGCGGGAUGUUACUAUAACUACAAUCACUACAGCGAGGGCGAUCGGAUCAUGACGAACGAACCCUGCCUGAACUGUACCUGCCACGAUCGCAUGCUCAUGUGCUACCUGCGGGUGUGUCCCUUCACCAAGGCGAUCGGCCAGGACUGUACAAUCGAGAAACGCGAAGAUCAGUGCUGCCCGGUGAUCACCUGCCCCGAAGUGGAAGUUCAACUGGUCGACCACCAAACGACAGCCGGACCCGAUGCUGCUGGCAGCACGGCCGUUGGUUCCCCAGAUCAGUACGGUUGUACCAUCGAGAAUCGAUUCUAUCCGGAAGGAGCUCAAGUGCCAUCUAACCCCCACAAGCCUUGCGAACUGUGCUACUGUAUCCGUAACAUGACCACCUGUGUCAUGCAGGAGUGUACGCUACACAUUGAUGGAUGCCAGCCGAUCUACAACAAGGGCGUCUGUUGCCCAGUAAGAUACGAUUGCGAUCACGAUAGGGACGAACCGAUGCAAUUGGAAGAUGAAAUGACUACUACCGUACGCCCGACGCCUGGCUUCAUCCUGACGACCACGAUGUCUCCGGCCACCUCGACGGACUGUGUCCACAACGGAGAAAUGUACGCCGAUGGUGCCAUGAUUAUUACCGACAAACCAUGCGAACACUGCUACUGCAUGCGCGGAGACAUCGUGUGCGCCGUCCAAGAAUGCGGAACUCCACUAGAGAACGAAGGCAAAAACUGCACAGCACUUCCGCCAGCACCAGGACAGUGCUGCCCGGAUACGUACAUGUGCGACGGAGGAAUGGAUGCCGCUACCACGCUCCGACCGGAAUCCGACGACCUAGUCACCGAACACGCCGAAGCCGCCACAACCGUGAAGGCCAAGCCCAGCAGCGACGAAUCUGCCAGUGUACCGGCCGAUGAUGAUGAAGAUGCCCUCCAUCCCGGAGCCAUGGUCGAUGAUAAGUCCGAAAGCGAAGAGGAAACCAGUAUCGAAAUGGAACCAGUGCCUCACGCUGACGAUGACGACGAAAGCGCCGAAGAUGAAGAACAGCAACAUCACGAAGCUCCAGAGGCGCCAAUCGCCGAUGAGAAACCAACCACUAGUCAACCAAGCCAAGCCGACGAAAAGGAAGCCACUACUCAAACCGCUGUUCAAGACGAGAAGGCACCAGAAGCUGAAUCCGAUGACGUCGCCGCUGCUGAAGAACACGAAGAAGAACCAAAGGCCACGACAGCUGCAGCUCCAGUAGCCGACGCCAAGCCCGAAUCCGAGAAGGACAACGAAGUCGAAGAACAACCCGCGGUCAGCCACGACAUGCAAGAACAAUCGCUCACGACCGAACUUCCAGCCGAGCCAGAGAAGGAUCUCCUAGCACCGACAGUUUCCUCCGCCGACGACGAAUCCCCAUCAUACACUACCAUGGCAUCGCCGAAGGAUGAAGAUGAAGCUCAAGCCGAAACUACCACCGCAUUUGCCUUCACUGCUAGCGACGACGACGUCGGUCAGACAACCGAAAGCCGCACAUACCUGCCACCCUUCCGGGACUCGGAAACCACCACCAUUCGUAUCGACUCGGAUGAACCAGCAUUCGCCACCACCAUGGCACCAGCCGCCGCCGAUGAAACCGUCGAAUCCGACGACAAACCCGAAAGCCUCGCUCCGGAAUCCGACAAACCUGAGUCCCUGGCCACAACGAUGAAGGCCAUCGAAUCCACCACCCUCACCAAGGAACCGGCACACAAAUCCGAAGACAAUGCCCCAGAACAGGACUUCAUCGAGUUGCCACCGGCCGAGAUUGUUACCGAACUGCCACCAAUCCCAACGACCGCCCGCAUUCCGGAGAUGCCCACCGAAGAAGUCAUGACUCAAUCACCACCGGAAGCCGACUCGCACAUGAAGGACGAAGAAAUGAGCACCUCUGCCCCUACCGCAGCCGAUGUCGCCGCUCCAGCUGAAGAAGAGAAGGACAUCCCAGCCGCCGUUGAUAUGGACGAGCCAGUCGAGAUGAACACCGUCAUUCCAUCCAGCGACGCCAAGCAGCCAAUGGAACCCGAACAAGAUACCCCCGACAAGAUGUUCCCAGAGGCUAUCCCCGGAGAAGGCGACUGCUUGGUUGAUGGAGUAACAUACAAGAACAACGCUCUGAUUCCAGCGAACAACAAGUGCCAAGUUGCAUGCAAGUGCACCAACAGUAUUGUGCAAUGCGAAAUGGUACAGUGCGCUACUGCCCCAUCUAACGACUGCGCUCCAGUGCCAGCUGCUCCUGGUGAGUGCUGCCCAACGUACAAGUGCAACGCUGUAGAACAAGACGAAAGCGCCCCAGAAUCCGACAGCGAAGCCUCCGUGUCCGAAGAAGCCAAGAAGCCUACCGAAAGCGCUUCCACUGAAAGUUCCUCAUCUUCCGAUGACACCACCGAAGAAUCCAAGGAAGAAGACGAACAAUCGGAGAGCGACUCAACUUCCGACGACAGCGACGAAGAGGAAGAAUCGAACCAAGUUGAAGAUCAAGGCAAGGUCACUACUCGACGUCCAGCGGUUGUUACACCAGCCAAGUCCGAAGAACAGGAUCAACCAUCCGAGAGCGAUUCCGAGUCGGACAGUGAGGCUGACUCUGACGAAGACGACGAACCAGUCAAGGUCACAUCUGCUCGCCCAGCUUAUGCUGAACCCAAGCCAGAAUCUACCACCACGGCCAAGGUCACCGACGACGAAACCGGACAAGAGAAGGUCACAUCUGCGCCAGCUAUGGAUGAAGUCGUUCCAACUGAAGGUCAGGCCGUCGAAAAGGAACCUGAACACGAUGACGAAAAACUGCCUGCCGAGCCGGUUGAAGCUGACAAAGAACAAGACGAACCGACUAUGGCGGCCGCCCCAACUACCAGUGCACCCGCUGCUGACGAAGAAGCCCUCACCACCAUGGCUGCCGUUGCUGCCGACGUCGCUGCUGAAGAAGAACAACCAUCGGUUGCUCCAGUUGCUGACGAUAUGGUCGAACCAGAAGAACCCGCUGCUCAUGAUGAAACCACCACACCUCAAGCCGUUGAACAAGCUGACGAGAAGGAAGUCGAACCAGUUGAACAAGACGCCGUCGAGCCAUCCAAGCCCGAAGAAGACAUGCCAGUUGAACCAGUCGCUGCCACCACAAUGGCAUCCGAGAAGGACGCAGAACAAGAUGCGCCAGCAGCCACCACGACCUCGCCAGUCGCUCAAGACGAGGAAGUUCCAGCUGAAGCUACCACCACCAAACCUGCUGUUGCAUUGGACGAAGAACCCAAACCAGAAGAGGACGAACAACAGAAAGUGGAAGAUUCUCCAGCUACUACCGCCGUGCCUGUUGAAGCUGCUGCUGACGAUGUUGCUGUUCCUACCGAGAAGGAAAUGGAUGCCACCGAAAAACCAGAAGCCGAAGCUCCAGUGAUGCCUGCUAAGAAACCAGAAUACGACGACAGCAUCCACUUCCCAGAAGACGACGAACCAGAACACGAUGAAGUUCAAACGGAACAGAAACCGGUUGCACCAACUGACUCGACCGAAGAGGAACAACCAAUCGAGCAUGACGACAGCAUUCACUUCCCUGUCGAUGAGGAAGAAGAAAAGCCAAUCUUUACGCCAACAGUCGCAGAACAUGAAGAAGAUGACGAACACAAGCCAGUCGAUGACCACGUUCCAGGACAUGUUGAAGAACACGAACCAGCAACGACACAAUCGGCUGCCGAAGAAGAAGCAACUACUUCCAAGGCCGUUGAGGACGCCACAACUGCCAAGGCACCAGCUCAAAUGGACAGUGGACUGGACGAAAAGAUUGAAGAAGAAGAAGAAAAGCCAAUGGAACCAACACGCGAUGAAGUGAUGACGACCAGUGCACCAGCAGCUCACGAUGACGAGAAGCAGCCAAUGGACGAUGAAGUGGCAGCAACCACUACUGCACCAGUGAGCCAGGAUUCCAUUGCUCCCGAAAUGCCUCCAGAGGAAGUCCACACUCAGAUGCCACUUGAGUCCGACGAUCAGAUCAAGGAACAUGACGAAGCUACUCAAGCUGCUCCGGCAGAAAAGGAACCAGAGGUAGAAACCGAUGCUAACGUAAGCUCCGAAGAAGAACAGGAACACGUCCCGGUGAGCCAAGAUGCCGGUGCAGAAGAUGACGGAAGCACCGAAGACGCCGUCGUUCAUGAGGUUCCAGCCCCGACGUCGGAUGAGGAAGAGGAAGAGGAAGUUAAGCCAGUUGCAGCCGAUGAACAAAAACCAGCUGAAGAUGAAAAGAAACCGGUCGCUGCUGCUGACGAUGAGAAGCCAGCUGAAGAGGACAUGAAGCCAGUUGCUGCUGACGAUGAGAAGCCAGCUGAAGACAUGAAACCAAUUGCUGCUGAUGACAUGAAGCCAGCUGAGGAAGAAAUGAAGCCGGUUGCUGCCGAUGAUGAGAAGCCAGCUGAAGAAGAAGUCAAACCAGUUGCUGCCGAUGAUGAGAAGCCAACUGAAGAAGACAUGAAGCCAAUUGCCGCUGAUGAUGAGAAACCAGCUGAGGAAGAAAUGAAGCCAGUUUCUGCCGAUGAUGAAAAGCCAGUUGCUGCUGAUGAUGAAAAACCAGCUGAAGAAGAAAUGAAGCCAAUUACUGCUGAUGAUGAGAAACCAGCUGAGGAAGAAAUGAAACCAGUGGCUGCUGAUGAUGAGAAACCAGCUGAAGAAGAAAUGAAACCAGUGGCUGCCGAUGAUGAGAAAUCAACUGAAGAGGAAAUGAAACCAGUUGCUGCCGAUGAUGAGAAACCAGCUGAAGAAGACAUGAAGCCAGUUGCUGCUGACGACGAGCAAUCAGCUGAAGAGGACAUGAAGCCAAUUGCUGCUGACGAGGAAAAGCCAGCUGAAGAAGAAAAGAAACCAAUUGCUGCUGAUGAUGAGAAGCCAGCUGAAGAAGAAAUGAAGCCAGUUUCUGCCGAUGAUGAGAAACCAGUUGCUGCUGAUGAUGACGAGCCAGCUGAAGAAAUGAAACCAGUUGUUGCUGACGAUGAGAUGCCAGUUGAAGAAGAAAUGAAGCCAAUGGCUGCUGAUGAUGAAAAACCAGCUGGAGAAGACAUGAAACCAGUUGCUGCUGAUGACGAGAAACCAGCUGAAGAAGACAUGAAGCCUGUUGCUGCUGAUGAUGAAAAGGUAACCGAAGAAGAGAUGAAACCAGUGGCUGCUGAUUCUGACAAACCAGCUGAUGAAGACAUUACACCAGUUGCUUCUGAUGAUGAGAAACCAGCUGAUGAGGACAUGAAGCCAAUUACUGCUGAUGAUGAGAAGCCAGCUGAGGAAGACAUGAAACCAGUUGCUGCUGAUGAUGAGAAACCAGCUGAUGAAGACAUGAAGCCAGUUGCUGCUGAUGACGAGAAACCAGCUGAAGAAGACAUGAAGCCUGUUGCUGCUGAUGAUGAGAAGCUAGCCGAAGAAGAAAUGAAGCCAGUUUCUGCUGAUGAUGAAAAACCAGCUGAGGAAGAAAUUAAGCCAGUUGCUGCCGACGAUGAGAAACCAGCUGAAGAAGAAAUGAAACCAAUUGCCAUCGACGACGAAAAACAAACUGAGGAAGAAAUGAAGCCAAUUGCUGCCGAUGACAAGAAGCCAGCUGAAGAAAUGGAACCUGUAAUUGCUGACGAUGAAAAGCCAGCUGAAGAAGACAUGAAGCCAAUUGCCUCCGAUGAUGAAAAGCCAGCUGAAGAAGAAAUUAAGCCAAUCGCUACUGACGAUGAAAAGCCAACAGUUGCUGCCGACGAUGAGAAACCAGCUGGAGAAGACAUGAAACCAGUUGCUGCUGACGACGAGAAACCAGCUGAAGAGGACAUGAAGCCAGUUGCUGCUGAUGAUGAAAAGGUAACUGAAGAAGAGAUGAAACCAGUGGCUGCUGAUUCUGACAAACCAGCUGAUGAAGACAUUACACCAGUUGCUUCUGAUGAUGAGAAACCUGCUGAUGAGGACAUGAAGCCAAUUACUGCUGAUGAUGAGAAGCCAGCUGAGGAAGACAUGAAGCCAGUUGCUGCUGAUGACGAGAAACCAGCUGAUGAAGACAUGAAGCCAGUUGCUGCUGAUGACGAGAAACCAGCUGAAGAAGACAUGAAGCCUGUUGCUGCCGAUGACGAGAAACCAGCAGAAGAAGAGAUGAAGCCAAUGGCUGCUGAUGACGAAAGCAAGCCAGAAAUGACUACAGCAAUUGAUGACGAGCAGAAACCAGUUUCUAGUGACGAAGAACAACCAGCUGUUGAGGAGCCAAUUUCCUCCGAUGAUGACAAGUCUGCAGAAGAGACCCCAGUCGAUGAACAGAAACCUGUGGCAGAAAGCGACCAAAAGCCUACCGAAAUGGAUGAAGAAGAAAAGACUCCAAUGGAAGUUCAACCAACAGUUGCAAGCGACAGCAAACCAACUGAAACAGAAGAGGAGCAAAAACCAGAAAGUGAUGAAACUGCUACAACUUCAGCUCCAACCGCCGAUGAAGAACAUAAGCCCGAAAGUGAUGAAACUGCUACCAUGGUUGCUCCUUCUGCCGAUGAAGAUAAACCAACAGAAGACAAACCAGUUGAUGAAGUGGAAUCCGAUGAGGAAGAGCCAAAGGCUACAACAACUACUCCAAUGAAACAAGACGAUGAAGAAAAGGAUGACGUGCAGCAUGAACCAACUGUGAUGACCGAUGAUGACGAAUCGACUGAAGUGGCCGCUGAAGAUGACAAGGAAUCCGAAACGGCUGAUGACAAGGCUCCAGCAAUGGAUGCCGAUGAGGAUCAAAAGGAAUCUGAUGACGUGGCACCUGUAACCACGCCAGCUGCUGAUGACGAAGAGAAACCAGCUGAAGCUGAUGAAGAACAGAAACCAACACCAGUUGAAGCUGACGAGGAACAGAAACCAACACCAGUUGAAGCUGUCGAGGAACAGAAACCAACACCAGUUGAAGCUGAUGAAGAACAGAAACCAACACCAGCUGAAGCUGAUGAAGAACAGAAACCAACACCAGCUGAAGCUGAUGAAGAACAGAAACCAACACCAGCUGAAGCUGAUGAAGAACAGAAACCAGAAUCCGAAAUCACUACUACAGCUUCGGCUAAGGAUGAAGACAUGAGCACUACUCGCAAGCCAGAAGCUGAAGCCGAUGAAGCCAAACCAACUGAAAUUCCAGUCAAGGUUGAAGAAGAGGUGUCUCACGACGGAGACGAUGAACAGCAGCCAAUCGCUCAGGAUGACAAGGAAUCAGGUGAAGUUGAAGAAGACGCGUCACUGGUGACGGAAGCUCCAGUCAAGGAAGCUGAUGAACCACAAGCAGCAACAACUAUUGCUUCGAUCGCUCCAGAACAAGAUGAGGAACAGAAACCAGUUGAAGAUGACAAGAAACCAGAAUUGGACGAAGCCGAUAAGGAACCAACGGAUGUCCCAGUGGAGCACGAUGCAGAAGAACAGAAACCAGCUGUUGAACCUGUUGAGGCCGAUGAAGAGGAGCCUGCUGCUACACGCAUCCCAGAAGUGGAAGCUGAUGAAGAAGAAAAACCAGCUGUGGCAGUUGAAUCUGACGAGGAAGAAAAACCAGCAUCCGCAACUGAAUCAGACGAACAAACACCAGUAACCACAAUGGCAUCUGCAAUGGAUGUUGUCGAGGAAGACGAAAAGGUGAAACCAAUGCCUUCGGCUGACGAAACCGAAAAGGAUGAAAUGACUCCAGUGGAAGCUGAUGAAGCUGAAAAGCCUGUGUCAACCGAUGCACCAGCAGUCGAAACGGAAAAGCCAGCAGUUUCUAUGGACGAAGAAGAAGAAGAAGAGAAGCCAAUUGAAUCCGACGAAGAAGAACAUAAACCAGCUGUGGAGCCAGUUCAAGCUGAUGAUGAAGAAGAGGAGAAACCAGCUCAGGAACCGGUUGACGCAGAGCAUGAUGAAGAAGAAAAGCCUGCUCAGGAACCAGUUGAAGCUGAUGAAGAAGUCGCCGUCACAACUGCCAGCCCCGCUGCGGAUGAAAUGAAACCAGAGGUUGAGGAGGAGAAACCAACACUCUAUAAGGAAGAAGAGCCCGCUACUGAAACGUCAGUGAAGGAUGAUGAGCAAGAUAAACCAAUUGACGUUGAAAGUGAUGAAGAAGAUAAACCAGCUGAAGCUACUACCGUUGAACAGGAACAACAACAGCCAACGACAAUGGCUACACCUGAGAAGGAAGCUGACGAAGAGCAGAAACCGUUGAUGCCGGUUGAAUCUGAUGAAGAAGAUAAACCAGCACCGGAGGCUGAUGACCAAACCAAGCCAAGCGAAGCCGAUGAGGAAGCUAAGGCUACGGAAGCACCAAUCAAGGAGGCUGAUGAAGAGGACAAACCAGCUGAAGUGCAACCCACCGCUGAUGAAGAACAGGAAGUCAAACCAACGCCCGCUUCAGAUGAGGUGCAGACACCAGAGUUGGACGAAAAGAUCGAAGAAGAGCCCGUUAAGUCUGAUGAUGCGGCACCAGCCACUACUGCAGCAACGUUGGCCGAUGAUUCUGAAAAGGAAAGCGAUGAAACUGGAAUGCCUACCGUCGACGAAGUUCCACAAACACCAGUUCAGCCAACUGAAUCUGAUGAAGAACAGCAUGAAGAGGCAACGCCAGCCGCUACUCCUGCAGAAGAACCAAAACCAGUGGAAGCCGACGAAGAGCAAAAACCAGAAAUGGCCGAGCCAGUUACUACUGCAGCUAGUGUUGCUGAUGAUGCCUCUGAGGAAGAGAAGGAAGUAACGCCAGCGGCCCCAGUCGCCGACGACAAGGAAGAAGAGGCGCCGGCACCAACUACUGCAGCUGCUCCAAUGGAAAUUGCCAAGGAUGAGAUCCAGACUACAAUGGCUCCAGUCAAGGCUGAUGAAAUCGAGAAGGAACCUGAAAGCACAACAGUUGCGACCGCAGAAAGCACUUCUGCUGCAGCUGUGCCAGCAUCUGAUGAAGACAAGGAAGAUGAUCAGCCAAUUGUCCCAGUUCAGAAACCAGCCGAAGAAUCGCCAGUGGAAGCCGACGAAGAAGAUGAUCUGCAACAACAAGCCAAACCCGUGUUUGACGAGAAGGAAGACGAUACUCAGAAACCAGUGACGCCUGGCUACGAAGAUAGUUACCUCCCAUCAAGCACCAAGAAACCAGAGACCGAUUCUCCUGCUCCAUCCUAUGGACCACCUGGCGGCCAGCAAUACGAUCCAGGAUACGGACACAUGCCACCACACUACCCACCAUCGUCCUACGAAGACGACUACACCGAUGAGGAAGAUCCAGCUUCGUUCGGACCAGGCACCUGCCGAUACGGUGGCAAGCUGUACGUGUCCGCCCAGCAAAUCCCACGGGAAGAUCCGUGCGAUUUCUGCUUCUGCUUCCGCAGCGACAUCAUCUGUUUGCAGCAGUCGUGUCCACCGCCAAUCAGCGGCUGCCACGAGGAACCGAUCAGCGGUUUCUGCUGUCCACGGUACGAGUGUCCCGUCUCGAUGGCCACGGUGCUCAACGUUACGACCAGUACAACGACCACCACCACGACACUGCCGCCGCACUUCCUGUCGCACGCCUACAAGGGUUCGGUGACGAAGCGCGGCUGCCAGAUCCAGGGCAAGGCCUAUCAGGUCGGCGAAACGGUCGCGUCCGCGAGUGGACCUUGCAUGCGAUGCUUAUGUGGCGGUGAUGGCCAGAUGAAGUGCGAACCCAAGGCUUGCAGUCCCGAGCCAAUGCUACAGCAGAUGAUUGCGGUGGCAGCGUCCCGAAGGCGAUGAAGCGUCCAACCUGGUAGCCAACAAGCGAACGAGCGAGCAAGAGAGAGAUUAAACACGAGAGAGAGUGAGAUUGCGAGCGAAUACAACGUUAAAGAGGUAAUCUCACGUUAGAAUUCAUUUUACAACUAGGAAAACAGGAACUGUACGAUACGGGAAACCAGUAUAGGAAAGAGACUGCGCAACUGCAUCUCAUGGCGAGUGAUGAUAGGAAAGGGGAAGAUGAUGGUAAAAAGAGAAAGACACGUCACACGAAGCAAAGUAGCUCAUUUUUCCAAAAGACUUGAUACAACAAUCACUCAUAGGUAGAACACACGCACACAUCCACAAUAUAGACGGACACACGCAAACAGAUCAGUAUAGCCGAGACAACGAUUUCUAGAUCAAGGAUCACCUGAUUGACGGCGGCCAUUUUGGAAAACCGUUCAAUAUGGCCGGCUUCGAUCUGGUGAGCCGGUACUCUAACUAUUUUACUUUUGUGUAUAGAAGAAUUCUUUCGACAUGACAAACUAUGAAAUUCACAAAAAAAACGAGAACUAAAAGCAACCAAAACCGUUAGGAAAAUACCAGAAAGUGGUCGUCGUGUCUCAUACAAUUACUUCUAGUCUCUCUGUUUUACGUUUUUUUUUAAUAGAAAGGAAUGACAAUGGAAACGAAGCGAUAUGGAUUUAGCAAUGGAUCGUAGUAGAACACUCACUCACACCGUUACAAUUCGCCGAAAUCUUGUCUUUUUAACGUAGAUGUUUGUUUUAGGAGACAUCCAAAUCUCUGAUCAAAAUUAUGACGUGAAAACCUUUGCAUGCAUACGAAAUCACACAUACACACUCACUCAUCGACACAUCGAACAGAUAUCCCCUCAGUGCGUUCUUGUAAGUGUAAAAACUAACCUCAAUGUGAAUGUUAUUUUUAUACAUGGAUAUGGAUAUGCAUUUCCGUUUUUUACGUGUUAAAUUUAUUAAUUUUUGAUGUAAUAGAACGUGUAGAAUACGAGUGCUAGAGUGUGAACGCGACGACGGUGCAUCGACUCGCCCCUCGUGCCAAACGCUCUUCUCCAAGUGUCAACCGUUCCGUGUUGCCAUUUCGGCCGACGGAUGGGAACGCAAGUCUCACUGCAUAGGAACGAAACAAAUGAGAACAAACGAUGAUUUGAGGCGUGUAGGAAUGAGAAUAGGAUUAAGUGACAAACUUUAGCUGCCCCCAUUUCCCUUCCUGUACUACUUUGUUGAAUACCUCUCAAAUCUGACCAACAGAAAAUGAACCACUUUUGACAGUGUUACCAACGCCUACGCAGUUUCCAUGGUGAUAUGAUUGAGAGAGAGACACCCACUAAAUUUUUCACUCAGAAACAUCCAAAACGAACAAAAAAGCACAAACGAAGACACGAGUUGUGAUACGUAAUAUUAAAAGGAAAAAUCGAAACGAAAAAAAAAGUAAUAUUAGCAUGUGCAUAUUCGGGUAUUAAUGAACACAUUCCACAUCAAACCACAUGUAUUCACGAACGAAACCAACAAAAUUCAUCUUCGUUCUACAAUAGGAGUAGGCGGCGGCUGUGAGUGGUCAAGUCGUUCGGUUCCACCAACUGAGUUCGACCGACCGAAUCCAAUUCGAUCGCUUGAACCUGAUGGGACCCCGCCUUGGUCACUCAUCCGCACGCAAAAUAUCAAUAGAAUGGCAAAAAUUUACCUUUUUCCGACUCUCUGGUCGUCUCUUCUCAUGACAUCGACUCACUACACACUCACACACACACUUUCCCCAUGGCUCACUUUGAUAUGAGUUCCCUCGAAAUCUUUCGCACACUGAUAAACAAACACACGCACACACGAAAACAAUCGUUUGAAACAGAAUCGCGGGGGCGAGCAGAGAGCGUGAAAGAUGUAAAUAUUACUAAUUUAUAGAAAGAAACGAUAAAAGUGAAUUAAAGAAAAAAAAAAACGACACUAGGAUUUUAAAUACACGUGUUUUUACUGUCGGGCGCCGAAGUAAGCAAAGAAUGCGCCCGAAGUAAUUCAAAAUUAUCAAUUAAUUUAACUAAUUAGCAAGAAAGCUCAAAAUAAGUAAAAGAAGAGAGUAUUUUUUAUCUUAGUUUAUGUGUUUCUGUCACUUCUUUUUAUAUUUGUAUAUUUGCCAUAAUUUUAAUCAAUUUCAAAGCUACUUUUGCAAAAUUAUUUCUCGAAGGUGACUCAUGCUAAACAUGGACACGAAACAAAGUAAGAAAAACAUUCUAAGCAAUAUUCAAAUUUAGACGCAAACAAAAUCCCUUCCAAAAAACGCAUAAAAAAGACACGCAAAAAAAAAUGCAAACCGAAUAUUGAAACUAUCGAUUUAACUGUAUUACUUAGCUAUUAAUUUACUCAGAAUGAGGGAGAGAGAGCAAGCUCAUGCAUAACUGUAGAUCCAGGAAACAACACAGCAAACAGUGAACACACAGAACCAGUGUUGAGAAAAGACAGACAAAAGAAGACAGCGCGUUGUGUGAGUGCCACAGCAAGGAACUCUCGAGACCGCACUCACACCAACGCUUGCUAAGAAAAAGAUCGCCUGAACCGGAGCGACAUUAGCUCGCCCGUGCCGUACCGCACCCCCCUUGAACUCGCUCCCCGUGAGUGCCCCUCCCUCCUUCGGACGGAUGGACACUCACGGCAGUUUUUAUUUAUUUUUAAAACUAACCCUUUUUUCCACCAAAUUGUUAAACCCCUGAGAACUAGAAACGUACUUAUCCUAGGGUGACGUUCGUCGUAACUUUUUGCAUCCAAUGUAGCCGCGUUAGACAGCGAGAAAAAUGAAUCAUGUUAUUUCCUUAAAUUAUUAUUCAAAUUUUUAAAUAUGUCGACGAGAUAGAGCUUGCAAGCAAUUGCGGUUGCUUUCAAGCUUUAUCUCCCACCCGAACGAAACGAUGACCUCUUCCGCUGUCUAAGAACUAACAAUUAUAUAGAAUAACCCAAUUGCACCGAGCGAGUAAGCAAUAUUAAAAAAAAAAAAGUAACACACUCUCACAGAGAGCCAAAUCGGCAACGGCACGGCUGCGACCAGAAAUCUUGCUCGGGUUCAAAACCCAGAAAUCGCAGGUUUUUUUUUAAUAAGAUCAUUAAUUUAUAAACGAAAGCACGAAUACAAUCUGAUGAGAAGAAAAAUUUCCUUGUUUAAUGUUUGUGUAAAUCCGUCGUCUGUUGGGAAGGCACUUGGCCUUCCGUUUCGUUUCAGUGCGAAAAUUAUAGCAAAGAAGAAGAAGAAAAAACAAUGCGAACUUUUUGGAAAGCAAAGAAUUACUGACGCAAAUUGAACAUAAAUCAGCACUUACACAAAACAAAAAAAAACGAGACAGACGGUUAAG